UUCAUUCCUUGAAAGACUUCAGGCAUCUCACUGCUUUUCACUCAAGGCAAUGGGGGUUAAGUGACUUGCCCACGGUCGCACAGCUGGCAUGAAUCAAGGAGGUUCAAAUAGCUUCAUUUUCAGUUGGUCUGCAAGCUGGAUCCAAUCCUUUCCCUUCAAACUUCCAUGAAACAUCUUGUAGAUGGUCUGGUUGUGGAACAUUUACCAGCACAACUCUGAGAACUACUUAUCACAUUUCCUCACAGAGCACAGGCACUUAGUAAAUGUUGAAUUGAAUUGAAUUGGAUUGGGUUAAAUGAGCUGCUUCCACUCAGCGUACAAGAUCUUAACAAGUAUGUUAUGUAGAAGUCAUGAAGGUACACUUACUAUUUAUUCCUUAUCUUCUGAAUAUUCUUGUACAACCUCUGACUGGAAAUAAUGAUGGAUUCCCCUUUCAUUACUUUUUUAAAAUGCUUUCUCAUCGGAUUACUGUUACUGGAAGGCUUUAUGAAGACGUGAUCCUUCCUUGCUCAUUUAAAAUAGGGCCUGGCAUGGUGAUUCACUGGAAUAAAAAUGAAAAGACAGUACACAGCUACUAUGCAAAUAGUGACCAGUUAGAAAGGCAAGACUCCAAUUAUACCAAUAGGACAUCCCUUUUUCUCGAUGACAUCAACAAAGGAAACGCCUCACUGAAACUUAUGGGGUUAAACCUCAACGAUGAAGGAGUUUAUACUUGCUAUGCAGCAACAGACCCUGAGACGACUAAAAUAGAGGUAGAGCUGAAGUUGGGAGCUUUCAUCACACCUGUAAUAGAAUACCAAGAGCAGAACGGAGAAGACUAUUUAACAUGCUAUUUGUUUGGGGCUUAUCCCCAUCCAAAUAUAAAAUGGACAGAAAAUAACACAACAAACCCAGAAAGCCCCAUAGAAGAAAUUUCACCUCACCCUCCCUUCUCUGUUAAAAGUCAACUCAAUAUCACAGGCUCAAAUUCCUCUUACCAAUGCAUGAUUGAAAAUUCAUUACUGAAUCAAAGAUGGAUUGGGGAAUGGAAAACAGAAGGUACUUUUGUAACAGCACAAGAUGAAAAAGUCAUAUUCCCAUGUAAACUUAAAAAUGAGGAUGUUUUGGCAAAGAAAAAUAUAACUGUUAGUUGGUCUAGAGUAGAAAAUAUGACCUGCAAGAUCUUGGCAUCCUCUUUAAGUAGUAGGGUCUCUGAUAAUCGAUUUACAUGGACCAAGGAUACAAUGCACAGAAGGGAUGACUUCUCUUUGACUUUAGAGUCUCCUACUCCAUCAGAUAGUGGAAAAUACCUCUGCAACAUUUCAUCUGUAGAUUAUACUCAGCUCACUCUUCAACUUUUGACAGUUGAGCCACAUCAAGGAAAGUCUAUUACCUGGGUAUAUAUUGUUAUUCCAUCGGUGAUAAUCAUUCUAAUUAUUUUUGGGCUAAUAUGCCAUAAGAGAAGUUGUAAUUCAAACUCCAACUCUGACCAGAAACAAGAACAACCACAGGAGCUCGACAAACUGAAUGAAGAAGCAACCAGUGAGACCACGAGACCAUGAGAACAUAUAGUCUGUUUUUCUCCAUAGUUAUUAACCUUGAUUUCUUUUAUUUUUGUUUUUGUCUCUUUUGGGAUACAGACCUA